CGUUACCUCAAGUUCCCCAUCGACCAUGGCGUGGACUACUAUAAGGCUUCUUCCAUGCCUGCUAUUCGCCGCUUUCGUUUUCAGAGUGCAAGGACUGGGUCAACCAACAUGUGUCGUCUUUCAACCGUCUGAUUCGAGUUUCCCCGUCGUCAGCAAUGGCAAUUCCGCACCUAUCCUUCUUUCAUCGGAUGAUUGGCCUGGGGUUCACCGCACCGCGUCAGACUUUGCCGCAGACAUAGAACGCGUUACUGGAGUAAUGCCUCAGCUGGUAAACAUCACUUCAAGCGACCAGGUCCCCAAUUCUUCCAAACCGAUCAUUGUCGGCACCCUUGGCAGGUCUUCGCUUAUUGACCAGGUAGUCAAUGCAACAAAGCUGAACGUGUCGUCUAUCGAGGGAUUAUGGGAGGCGUUCCUUACAACGGAAGUCUCGAAUCCGCUACCUGGAGUUGAGAGCGCGUUUGUCGUCAUCGGUUCAAAUAAAAGAGGAACAAUCUUUGGGAUGUAUGACCUCUCUGAGCAGUUUGGCGUUUCACCUUGGUAUUGGUGGGCGGACGUCCCGACAACAAAACAUGACGAACUAUUUCUGACACCCUCUGGGUGUUCACACGGACCACCAACGGUACAGUACCGUGGAAUUUUCUUGAACGACGAGCAACCUGCUCUACAAAACUGGGCGAUGGAAAAGUUCACGAACGGGACUGGCUCGUUUUAUUUCAACUCUCCGUUCAAUCACCUAUUCUACGAGAAACUAUUUGAGCUCCUAUUACGGAUGAAAGGGAACUACAUUUGGCCUGCUAUGUGGGGAAGCGCGUUUGCUGUUGAUGACACGCAAAAUCAACCUCUUGCGGAUUACUACGGCGUUGCGAUGGGCACCAGUCAUCAAGAGCCUAUCAUGCGCAGCACCCCGAAUGAAUUUAAUAAGUUCAGCACAGGGCCUUGGAACUAUCAUACCAACAAGGAUAAUAUCUACAAGUACUGGGUGGAAGGGGCAGAACGUGCAAAACCAUACGAAUCAGUUUUUACUGUUGGAAUGAGAGGGGCCGGCGAUUUGCCUCUUGAACAACAAGGCCAAAAUAUCGCGUUCUUAGAAGGAAUCAUGGCAGACCAAAAACAACUGCUCACCGACGUCUUCAACGGGACCAACAUAUCUACCGUUCCACAGGUUUGGACUCUUUAUAAAGAGGUGGAGGGGUAUUAUAUCGGGGGCUUGAGAGUGGACGAUUAUGUUACUCUAUUAUGGCCCGAUGACAACUGGGGAAACGUUCAUCGUUAUCCCACAUUAGACGAACGGAAUCGGUCUGGCGGUGCUGGUGUUUAUUAUCACGUGGAUUACGUCGGUGAUCCAAGGAAUUACAAAUGGAUAACCAGCAGUCAAAUUCCGAAGAUCUAUGAACAGAUGUCCCUCGCUGUUGACCGUAACGCUACCCGCGUUUGGAUUCUCAACGUCGGUGAUCUCAAACCUUACGAACGAGAAACCGAGUUCUUCCUGACACUGGGAUGGAAUUCCUCGAGAUGGAACCCAGAUAAUGUCCACAGCUUUGUUACAUCUUGGGCCCAACGAGAGUUCAAUAUCGACAGCGCUGGUGCAGAAUCAAUAGCAGAAAUCGUAGGGAACUUGACCAGGUUCAAUGCGAGGAGGAAGCCCGAGUUGCUCAACUCGACAACAUAUAGCUUGGUCCACUAUCGAGAGGCGGAGAGUGUCAUCGAAGCCUGGGACAAGCUUGUUGAUGCAUCAACAACAUUCUAUAACAAACUGCCCUCCGAGACACAACCCUCAUUCUUCCAACUCGUACACCAUCCAGUGUUGGCAAGCAGCAAUCUUGGAAAACUGUACAUCUAUGCGGGCAUGAACAAUUUAAGAGCAUCUCAAGCCAGAUUAAGCGCCAAUGCGUUGGGUGACCAAGUCGAGGAGCUCUUUGAGAAGGAUUUCGACCUCGAGACCCAGUAUCAUUCGAUACUCGAUGGAAAAUGGGAUCACAUGAUGGACCAGACGCACCUGGGAUACGUAUACUUCCAACAACCGAUGACCAACGUGAUGCCGCAGAUUACUAAGGUCCAGAAGAGAAAAGAAGCCCUUGCAGGGGUCAUGAGGAUCUCGCCAGAAGGAACCUUUGGUGCAUGGCCUGGGGACAACAAAUUCCAAUGCAGUGAUGGAUACAAUUGCCCACCACCAUCGAUGUCGUUGGAUGCGUUCGACCCUAUUCAAGACCGCUAUGUCGACGUUGGCGCCGGUGGCCCGACUCCGUUUGAUUUCACGGUGUCUACUAAUGUCGACUGGCUCAAGAUUUCCGAUACUUCAGGCUCCAUAUCCCCUGAUAAUACUGAAAAGAGAAUCUUCGUGUCGGUAGCAGAUUGGAGUAAACUUGAGACGGGGUCGAACGCGGCCUUGAUCAAGUUUGCCGCUAAGGAUACGGUUGUCCAGCUCACUUUCACUGCAAUAAACACGAGGGGCACGUUGCCAUCAACCUUUAAAGGCUUCGUGGAAGGUGGCGGCCUCAUCUCCAUCGAGGCUGCCCAUACGGCUCGGAACACCUCAGUGGAUGGGCUUUCAUGGCACAAUUUACCUGGAAUUGGACGUACGGUAUCUGGAAUUACACCCUGGCCGCGUGGAGGAUCAGAGGUGAAUUACACUGCUGGAACUGGGCCGUCGGUCGAAUACGACUUUUACAACUUCAAUUCAACCAACAUGACUGUCGUAACUUUCAUAUCGCCCUCGUUGAAUGCUAAUGGGCGAGAUCGCCCGCUUGCAUUCGCUAUGCAACUUGACGACAAGGCCGUACAGUCUUCGUAUUAUAUGCCCUUUGGAAACCCUGGAGCGGAGCCAGCUGCGUGGAACGGCCCCGACGGUUUUGUGGCCAAUUCGAUUGUUACCGCCAACUUGACUUGGAGUGGUGUCAGCGCCGGAAAGCAUACUUUAAAGCUCUUCAUGAUUGAACCGGCCGUUAUUGUUCAGAAGAUUGUUAUUGAUACCGGUGGUAUGAAACCUAGUUAUCUUGGGCCUCCUGAAAGUCUGCUAGUUUAAAUUCGUCUGUAUUUUACUGUAAGAGACCUCUCAGCAAUUAUCAUCGCUAACC